GUUGGGAGGGCGGACGGGGCUGGGGGAACUGUGCCUGGAUGGAAUCUUCCGGCUCACGGCUCCGCCCCCGCCGAAGGGGCUCGGCUCCGAGAUUCAAGAUGGAGUCGCCGAGUAGGGUUGGGCAGGAGAUGAGUCUGGCGGCCCUGAAGCAGCACGACCCCUACAUCACCAGCAUUGCCGACCUCACAGGCCAGGUCGCUCUGUACACCUUCUCCCCCAAAGCUAACCAGUGGGAGAAAACUGAUAUAGAAGGGACCCUAUUUGUAUAUCGAAGGUCAGCUUCGCCUCAUCAUGGUUUUACCAUUGUAAAUCGACUGAAUAUGCACAACCUAGUUGAACCAGUGAAUAAAGAUUUGGAAUUUCAGCUCCAUGAACCAUUUCUUCUAUACAGAAAUGCAAGCUUGUCAAUAUACAGUAUCUGGUUUUAUGACAAGAAUGACUGUCAUCGAAUUGCAAAACUCAUGGCUGAUGUGGUAGAAGAGGAGACUCGAAGAUCACAGCAGGCUGCUCGAGAUAAACCGAGUCCCAGCCAGGCCAAUGGCUGCAGCAACCAGAGGCCCAUCGACAUCCUUGAGAUGCUGAGCAGAGCGAAGGAUGAGUAUGAGAGGAAUCAGAUGGGUGACUCAAAUAUCUCUAGCCCUGGAUUACAACCAAGCACUCAGCUCUCCAAUCUGGGAAGCAUUGAGACUCUAGAAGAGACACCCUCUGGAUCACAAGAUAAGCCUGCUGCAUCUGGACACAAACAUCUGACAGUGGAAGAGCUGUUUGGAACAUCUUUACCAAAGGAACAGCCAGCAGUUAUGGGUCUGGAUUCAGAAGAAGUGGAGAAGCUACCAGGAGAAGCAUCCCAGAAAGAAUCCAGCUCCUUCCUCCCAUUUCCCUUUGAUCAGUCAGGAGUCCCUCAGUCAGAAAACCUGGGUGUCCAUUCAGCCACCCACCAUGUUAUCCAGCCUGAAGUCACCACUCCGGUGCUAAUCACUCCAGCCUCCAUCACACAGUCUGGAGAAAAGCAUGCCCCAAGCUAUGCCAUCCCCUUGAGUCCUGUUCUCAGUCCCACUCUACCAGCAGAAGUCCCUAGCACACAGGUUCCCUCCAGCUUACCUCGAAACAGCACCAUGAUGCAGGCAGUGAAGACCACACCUAGACAGAGGUCUCCACUCCUGAACCAGCCAGUCCCUGAACUAAGUCACUCCAGUCUAAUAGCCAGCAAAAGCCCUUUCAGAGCUCCACUGAGCAUGACAAACACGGCUGCUACAUCCCUCCCAAGCAUUGAUCUUCUCCAGAAACUCAGGUUGACCCCACAGCAUGACCAAAUACAGACACAGCCACUUGGGAAAGGUGCAGUGGCACCCAGCUUUUCUCCAGCAGCCGGCCAGCUGGCCACACCUGACAGCUUCAUAGAGCCUCCCUGUAAGGCAGCAGCAGCAAGAGCAACAGCCUCAGCCUCCUUGAGCAACAUGGUGCUUGCUCCCCUCCAGUCUAUGCAGCAAAACCAGGAUCCUGAAGUAUUUGCCCAGCCUAAGGUGUUGUCCAGUGCCAUCCCGGUUGCAGGCCCUCCACUGGUUACCGCAACAACCACUGCAGUAGCUUCAGUCCUGCUGGCCCCAAGUGUUUUCCAGAACACAGCUCCAAGGUCUGCAGACCUAGAGAGGAAAGCAGGCCCCCCGUCUCCCCUCACUGUUACAACCCCAGAAAAUCAGAAAAAGCCUUCCAUUAUUCUCAGCAAGUCUCAGCUCCAGGAUACAUUGAUACAUCUAAUAAAGAAUGAUUCCAGCUUCCUCAGUACACUUCAUGAAGUUUACUUGCAGGUUCUGAACAAGAACAACGACAACCAUAAUCUAUGACUGUCAUGGAGUAAACCUGGAGUCAAAAGGGUCAGCCCCACAAAUAGGCUUCAUUAUGGAAACCUGUUUCUGAGUGGAAAAUGGAGUUUUGAGAAUCCUGAAAUUGAGCCUAUGAGAAAGAUACUCUCACGCCUUUGAAUGUUUUCCAAGUGACAUUCUCAGUGAUAAUGGAGGUUUCACUGUGAAGCAUCACCAGCAGACCUUUGUUUUGACA